GGAAUAAUUGUUCGACAUUCAGAUUUGUAUUAUCCAAUACGUCAUCAAAUAUUACCUCAUAUUAUACUCAUUAUAUCUCGACUUUCUGUUCAACAGUUACCCCUUGAACAACGUCGAUUAGCUUUAGAUAUGAUCUAUACUACAGCUCAAUGGGAUGUUCGGUGUCGCCGUGAAAUAACUGAGAAUUAUUCAAAGGAGAUAACUGAUGAUUUAAAUCCAGGAGAUAAUAAUAAUUCAUCAUUAACAGAGAAUUUGAAUAUCCAAACUUCAGCUAAAACUGAACCAACCAACUCUCCUAUUGAUAAGCCCCAGCGUGAUCAACUUGUAAAUCUUUUAAUUCGCUUCGCCUGUCAAGCUAUUGACGCUAGUCAAAGUGGAAGUUUGUCUGAACAGUCUGUAUCCCGAACGCUAGCUCAACUAGAAUUCGCUCUUCGCUCUGAUGUAUGGGGUGGUGAAACCUGUGAACUUAGACUUGCAUUUAUUGACCGUUAUUUCUCUCCGGACGAUUCAUCGUCUUCACACUCGAUGUCGAGUACACCAUCUGGAGGAGUUCCAGCUAAUAGUCUCAAUACACACGGAAUACACAUGAGUGGGACAUCAAACACUACACCGACGUCUACUCCCUCUGGACCCCACGCAAAUGCAUCAUCUACUAGUGCUCUUGGUGCAACACAAGCCACCAGUUUAUUAAUGACUUUGGAGGUUCUUCGUGUCUUGUUCUCAACUUUGGAAAGCCCAACUUUAUUAAUCAAUGUGAAACAUUUCAGUGUUGGAUUAUGUAAUGUAUUAACACGACAAUUGACUAAUGUUCGUUUAAUUCGUUCUUGUGCUGGUCUUAUACGUGCUAUGCUUGAACGUUAUCCAGCUGAAGCAUCACAUCGUCAGAAAGUUACUGCUUAUCCUGAAUUAUAUGAUAUUUAUUCAACAGUUUUAAAAGCAAUACAAGAUUCAUUCACAAUGUUUAGUGAAAAUGUUUCUAAAGCAACUUUAUUAACACGAUUACAGUCGGCAUUUCUUCUGUUCACAUCAACACAAGUUCAGUCUAAUCCACAUGCAUUUGUUGAUCGAUGUAUUGUACAACUAGUUAAACUUGUUAAUCGUCUUAUACAAGAUUUAGUUACACCGAAUUGUAAUUCUAAUGCUCAAGAAUCUGGUACAUCAGCACAGCUUACUGACUUACUAAUUAUGGGUCUUGAAAUGAUCAAGUCACGGUUGAAUGUUGUUAGUCAUGAAAUGCGUAAAACUAUCUUUGGUCCAGAUUUAUGUUUAAUUAUGGAUAGAGCGCGCGAUCCUCGUUUAUUCUGUGCUGUUUUACAAGUUUUACGUGAUUGGAUAAAUGUACCGAAAUCAGAAGAACAUUUCGCUCCAACAGCUCGUGAAAAAGUCAACUUUUUCUAUAGACUUUGGCAAGCUUAUCCACGUUGGAUUGACAAUUCACCUGAUGUUGCCAGAGAAAUUCUUGAAUGCGUGUACGAU